GCGCACUUAGACUGUUCUAGAGUGCUCCACACACAGGGCCAUCUUUGGUCGUCCUCGCCGGUGACAGUGUGGACAGUUUAUUCCAUUGGUCAUUAAAGCCUAAUGAUUCAUAAAUAAGACUUCACUUUGAACGAGCCAUUAGAAGCACCCCGGGCAGAGAAAGGGAUCCCCGCUUGUUGUGGACUCACUUUGCGUAAUUUCCUUCAGUCCCCUUCAUUUCUUGAGGCAAAAAGAGGGCGAGACGGGAGAGGCGGUGAUACAACAUGGAUGAGGAAUAUGAUGUGAUCGUUUUGGGCACCGGACUCACAGAAUGCAUUCUGUCCGGCAUCAUGUCUGUGAAUGGGAAGAAGGUUCUGCACAUGGACAGGAACCCCUACUAUGGUGGCGAGAGCUCAUCCAUCACCCCUCUGGAGGAGCUGUUCAAGCGCUUCAAUAUUUCAGAAAGCCCAUCUGAGGCCAUGGGCAGAGGAAGAGACUGGAACGUGGACCUCAUCCCCAAGUUCCUCAUGGCCAACGGUCAGCUUGUGAAGAUGCUGCUAUACACAGAGGUGACGCGGUACCUGGACUUUAAAGUAGUAGAGGGAAGCUUUGUGUACAAAGGAGGAAAGAUCUACAAGGUGCCGUCCACCGAGACCGAGGCACUAGCUUCAAAUCUGAUGGGGAUGUUUGAGAAGAGGAGGUUUAGGAAGUUCUUAGUCUUUGUGGCCAACUUUGACGAGAAUGACCCCAAGACUUUCGAGGGGCUGGACCCCAAAACCACAACGAUGAGAGACGUUUACAAGAAGUUUGACCUCGGCCAGGAUGUGAUUGAUUUCACCGGCCACGCCCUGGCCCUCUACAGGACAGACGACUAUCUUGAUGUCCCCUGUUUGGACACCAUCAAUCGUAUCAAGCUGUACAGUGAAUCACUGGCACGGUACGGGAAGAGUCCCUACCUCUACCCCCUGUAUGGUCUGGGAGAGCUGCCCCAGGGAUUUGCCAGAUUGAGUGCCAUCUACGGCGGGACCUACAUGCUGAACAAACCCGUGGAUGAGAUCGUGAUGGAGGACGGUCAUGUGGUUGGAGUGAAGUCUGAGGGCGAGGUGGCUCGCUGUAAGCAGCUGAUCUGUGACCCCAGCUACAUCGCAGAACGCAGCCGUAAGGCGGGUCAGGUUAUCCGUGUGAUCUGCAUCCUCAGCCACCCCAUCAAAAACACCAACGACGCAAACUCCUGCCAGAUCAUCAUUCCUCAGAACCAGGUUAACCGCAACUCAGACAUCUACGUGUGCAUGAUCUCCUAUGCACACAAUGUGGCGGCCCAGGGCAAAUACAUCGCCAUCGUCAGCACCACAGUGGAAACCGCCCAACCUGAGAGCGAGAUCGAGCCGGCCCUGGAGCUGCUGGAGCCCAUCGAUCAAAAGUUUGUGGCUAUUAGUGACCUUUAUGAGCCCACAGAUGAUGGAACUGAGAGCCAGGUCUUCGCCUCGAGGACCUACGAUGCCACCACCCACUUCGAGACCACCUGCAACGACAUCAAGGACAUCUACAAACGUAUGACCGGGAGCGACUUUGACUUUGAGAACAUGAAACGCAAACAGAACGAUGUGUUUGGGGAGGAUGAGCAGUGAGCUGAGAGAGUCGAGGGGGUUUCCCAGAGAGAGGGCGGGGACAGGGAGAGGAGGCGGGGCUAAUAAGGGGCAACAAGAGGCGGCAGAGCGUGCGGCGGAAAGCCAGCCAGGCCUGCUUCAGCAGUGCUGUAGAGAAAUUGGGUGGGAGGAGUGUGAGCGUGUGCGGCUCUGCCUGCUCUCAGCCGUUUGCCUCCUUUUCCUUACGUCCCUCUCUCUCUUGAUUCAAACACUCACAAACACACACACAUACACACUGUUCAAAUACUCACACUCCUUAUCUCUGUCACUGAAAAGCAGGGUUGAUAUGGUCUUUCAUUCCAUCGUAGAACUUACAGUAUAAUCAUGUCGUAACUAUUCUCAUUAGAGGUGAAUUUAUUACUUGUUGUUGGCGAUUUUUGGAAGCAUUUCAUUCUUUCUGUAACGUCUUUCUCUUCAUAUCAGAGGUUGGCUGGAUGGAUAAGAGGCUGAAGGCUGAGAGGUUUGAUGUGUGCGCUCUGACGUGAGAGAUAUCUGUAAUGGCGUAGUGUAGAAUCCUCUGGGAGGGUCACCUCCAGUGUACAUGCAUGCAUCUUUUACACACAGUAGUAUUUGUACAUAGACUCUAACGACACUGCGGUAUGAAGGCUGGACCAUUCCACGCAUCGCUCCUGUCAACCCUGCUUUCACUUUUCUCUUUCUUGGUCUUUUACCUGUGUUACUUCAAAAGAGACGUCGCUCCUUUUGGCAAAAAUCUGUUGGUCGGGCAAAAAAAAAAAAUCAAAAUGUGAUGAAUAAUUACAUAUAAAUGGGCUGUUCUGUCAACUGAUAGUGCUCACUUUGCAAUGCUGUUGUGUCCCCCCCCUUACCCCCCUACCGUGCUAGCAGGCAAGCUAACCAGUGGCUAAUAUCCGUCACCCUUACUCCCCCUUCCUAAAAAGCCGUUCCUUCGUUCAUCUCUGUUUUGUGAUGUCAGUUUUUUGAAUUUGAAUAGUUUACGUUCUAACAUUUUAAAUUAUUGAAGAGUUUUAUUUCUAUAUAUUUGGUGCACAUUUCACUGGCUGAAGUUAUGAAGUUUACAGAUUUGAGGUUGGAACUGUGGUCUUCGAGUUUAAAUGAAAAAAAAAGAAAAAAGGGAACGACGGGAGCCGAAGGAGGCAAGGGAGGGAGAAGGAUUUCUACAAAGUAUUCUUGAAGAUUUGGAAAACAGAAACUGAGAUGAAGGAUAAAUCUGCUGUGUUGAGAUUGCGAGGAGUAAGGAGUAUGUGUGGAUGUUCGGAAAGUUGAAGGAUGAAGACUGAAAUUUCAGCUGAUAGUGGAAGAAGCACCAGGUUGCGUGUUGUGUACGUCGUUUAGAUGAGUCAUUCCACUAGGGACGUAAUCCUGUGAGAAUACUGUAGUUACAUAGGAGGGAAAAAGCUGGAUGCUCCCAUAACUCUAAAAAGACUUUGUAGCAUAGCGGAGACAUGAAGCCACAAUUGCCCCACUAGAAUGAACCAUUUGGUUUAAGCCUUAAUUUGGGGGUCUGAUUCAGAAGUUAAAUUUGACUGCUUCACUUUAUGAAACCGUUUGGAGUUAAGUCAGUCUUGUGCCAAAAAUAGUCACGCUGGUAUUGGCAAAGCUUGCUGACGAAAUGAAGUUAGGAGGCGUGUCGCUCUGCAGAUCGGACCGAUCACUACAUCGAAGGUUAUCGUUUUCUAUCGUCUUCUAUCAGGGCUUGUUGCACACCUGAGCCUGAGGCAUCUCUGCAGUGCACACACUCACUCUCUCAGCCAGAUUGAUCUGUGGCUCUCACAUCACAGACAAACCACUGAGACGCUCUAAAAGCUCUCACUUCAUCCUCCACGAUGAAUCCCCCUAACAGCUCUAAACAGAUCACGCUGUGUGUUUGGGUGCUGACACGUCUUACUGUUCUAAUCUAUUUAUUUUAAUUUCACCGACGUAUCGUGGAAAGGUUUGUGUCAAACGCUGAAUAUGCUAUGCUUUUAUGUUCUGGUGAUGAAUCGGAUUUUAAAAAGUGAUGCACGCCGGAUUUGUUUGUCUGUUUGUUUGUUUUUUUGUUGUUGUUGUUGCUGUGUCUUGUGUUUCGUUCUUCUUAUUUCAGUGAUCACACCGGUGCUGCAUCACGGUUUAAUAUGAUUAAUAGCAUUCCUAAGAAACAGGUUUUGAAGGAAGGAUAGCAGCAGCAGCAGCAGCAGCAGCAGCAGCAGACAGUCACGGAGCUGAAUCAGAAUCUCUACAGCUGUGUGUUCACUCCAGUUCUCACACUGUGCGUCUUUCAACAUCGUGUGUGCUUUUCAUUCUGGAAACAUGAUAUCUGAUAAAAACUGGAAUACUGUUUACUCUUUAACAUAGAUAUAUUUGAAGCCCUCCCUCCCCCCCCUUGCCCUUCCUCAGCAUCAGAAACUGUACGCUCUUUUUUUAUUUAUUGAAAACAAAAGCCUCAUGUGUGGUUGUACUGUUUUAAUUUCCAUCCACUUUGGGCCUUUGGAAACCACUAUUAUUGACGAUAUCCCUUGAAUUUGACAAAAGAAAUAGGCUGAGUAGUAGAAAACUUACUGUCCUUGUUUGAUCACUAGUAUGUGAACAAUGCCUAAUGUCUUGUGUAACAAAUAAAAUGAAUUAAACUAUGAAUGAAAUGAUAGAAAAAUAAAAAGCACAUGGCAAACCUGGAA